CCUCGUUGAUCUCCAUCUCGCUCUCUCCUUGCCGGUCACUUCUCUCUCCCCUCCCCCCUACCCCCCCCGCUCUCCUCUCCCAAAAUGAGCGCCACCCAGAACGUUGUCCGCUACUCGGCCCUCAUUGUCGGUGUCCUCUACGGCUUCUCGCACGCCUCGACCCUCCAGAAGAAGGCCGACGCCGACUACAUCAAGCACGCUUCGGAGCGCAGGGAAAAGCUCAUCGAGGAGGCCAGGAAAGCCUACGCCCAGAAGAAGGCCGACGACUCGAAGCCCAAGUCGGACCUCAUCACCGACCCCGAGGACCCCAAGUUCGACCUCGAGAAGCUCUUCGCGUCGUGGGAGAAGGCAUAAGCUGGUAUAUAGAUCACACCCUGCCAUGGGAAAUGCAAUGGCUCUAUCUGGACGGGGUGGACAGGGUGUGGCGCCGUUGAGCAGCAAAGCACCUGCACAUUAUCCAUGUCUGCUGUUGUCUGUAGGCUUGGUUUGCAGCACAAGAUGAUGCACUGAAGUCGUGAG